UUCAAGAAUAUGAAAGUCACAGAUUCUUUACGUCUCAAAGAAAGUAUUAUUAUCGAAUCGAUUCUAAACAAAUUCAAGUUAUGUCGUUAUACUAAAAAAUGUAAGAUUGAAGAAUCUGCAGCAUUUUCUCCUUCACCAGUUUCUGAGAAUAUUGAUAAUGAGAAUAUUGAAGAGGAAGAAGGCGCUUUAGAAAAUUAA